GCACCGUACCUCGUCUGGUAUAACAUCAUCAUAUUUCGUUUUGUGUUGAACAAAGUUUCCAACAUUUUCCAUCUUUGGGCAUUAAAUUAAAGUAUUUUCAGUAAAAUAAUAGCACAAAAAAGAAGCAAAGCACAAUUAACCCAAAGAUUGUUGGAGUAUUUUGAAAGCAGAAAGUUUUUUUAUAACUUACGACCAUUACGACUACGGAAAGCGUCUACCCUGAUGCCAGACGAGAAAUAAUUCUAUACGAAAUUCAUUUGCGUGAGGUUUGUUAUACACUCUACUUGAGAUGGCUGAUGUCAACUUUUUGUUUUACGAAGAAAACACGACCGAUGCUGGUGUGAAAAAAUUGAUCGGAAAAGUGCCAGCUCACAAGGAUAUUUUGGCCUCGGCAAACCCAGUAUUCUACGCUGAAUUCUAUGGUUCAAUUAAGGAGCAAGGUGAGGUGGAAAUCGUCGAUUCAUCGCCAGACGCAUUCAAAGAAUUUUUGCAGUAUUUUUAUUGCGGUCGUGUUACAUUCACAAUGGAUAACAUCUCAGAAAUUAUGUACUUAGCCAAUAAAUACAUGAUCGCCGACUGUAUGGAUGCAUGUACCAAAUAUCUGACUGACAAUUUAACAUUGAAAGACAUCUGGUGGGCCUAUUUCUUGUGCAUACUGCACGAUCGCCAACAAUUGAAGCAAUUUUGUGAAGAACAAAUUACUUGGAAUGCUGACACAUUACUGAAAUCGGAUGAAUUUCUCGCUUGCAGUCAAAAAUCGUUGCAUGAAAUUCUGAAAAUGGACCUGCAUUGUAGAGAAUCAAUUGUAUUUGGCCGCUGUUUGGCCUGGGCAAAGAAUGCAUGUCAACAAAACGGAUUGGACGAAAAUGAUGAAUCGAAUUUGCGAAACCAACUGGGCGACUGCUUGUUCUUGAUCCGCUUCGGAACAAUGACACUAGACGAAUUUUCAGAGUACAAAUGUUAUGGUAUGUUUACAGCUGAUGAAGUGUUAGACAUAGUGCGUUCUAUAACGUUUAAAGGAUUUUUUUCGAAGAAAUUUAAUCAAUUGCCACGACGUUUCUGGGACGAAAGCAAAGUUUGGAUGUGUAGGCCAAAUCAAUUGGAUAAGUGUGUGCAAGUUCAACGUCAUGAAAAUGUUUUCAUCACAUCGAAUGCCAUCACAUUGCUUGGAGGAGUAUAUUUCACGAAGGUUAGGCGUAAUAGUGGUGAUAGUAAUACAUUUAAUGCCAUAGUCAGCAUUGAGGAAAUAAAUGGUCAUACCUUUGCUACCGAAACUGGAACGGUUUUAUUCAAAGAGACACAGGAUUUUGUUUGCAAUACAGAAGGUUACAUCAAGCUACCGAUACCAAUCGUUAUCAAUCCAUGUAAUACAUACCAUAUUUGCUUGGAUGUUACACACCCCACUGGAAGCCUAUACUCCUACAGACGCAGACUUGGGAAAGUAAGAUCAAACAAUAGCCUAAUCAUUACAUUCCAAAAUGAUUACGGACACUAUCAUAGGAUUUCACGCUUGGAGCUCAUCGACUUUUAGGUGGGACAGUCCGAACAUUUGUUGAAAAUCAAUUUGAUUUCCAUUAUGAAAAAAACGUCAACAUUUUUUUCCUCAUUAGAAGACUUUAUAAAUAUAAAAAAUGAUAUUGUAUAUAGUAUUUUGUUUUUCCAGUAUGAUGCUUGUCGUGUAUAUAAGUACGUAUUCAUUUGUAUGACAUGAAAAAAUAUUAUUACGGGCAUACUAAAAAUUAAUUAAUUGAACAAAAUAUCAACAAUAAUUUACUCAACACAAGCGUGUGUUGCUCGUGUGUACUUGUGAAAAGAAUCACCACUAGGCGAUUGAAUUAAAAUUCAUAGAAUUGCAUAUAAAAAAUUAGAGAGAAAAAUCUAUUUAUUCACACAGAGAUUAAGAGUGAAC